GUGAAAAUAUAUUCUUAAUUUGUUUGAAAAUUAAGAUAUUGUUAAAAUAUUUAGAUUAACAUAAUAUUUUUUUAAUAUGAAUUGUUGUGAUUAUAUAAUAGAUAAAAUAAGAUAGAAUAUUUAUUUUUCAUUUUAUGAACAAUAACUGAAUAUAUUAAUAUAUAAUAAUAUUUCAAAACUAAUUACAAAAUUAGUAAAAAUAUUUACAUAUAAUUUUUGAAAAUUAAGAUCUUGUUAAAAUCUUUUAAACAUAUUUUCGAAAAUUUUAAUAUAUAUAUAUAUAUUUAAAUGAAAAUAUCAAAUAUAUUAUGAUUAAAGUAGUUCAAAAAUUCUAUAUAUUAUUAGUCUUUUUAAAAUAUGUUAACAAAAUUUCUUAAAGAUAGUCCAACUUAAAAAUUACACAUGAAAAAAGUUGCGACUUCUAUUUUAAAAAUAAUAAUUAAAAAGAUGUUCAUUUACUUAUUUUUAAGAUUGAAAUCUAACUAAAUUUUAUGGUAUUGUUACAAAAACAGAAAUAUACAGUUUUGUUUUACAAAAUAAAACUUUAUAAAUAGCUAAAUAAAUAAAUAAAUUCCUAAUUAUUAUCAAAUUAUUAUACAUUAAUAUUAGUUAGCUUUGACUUAUUUACACAAUAUAAAUUUAUAAUAAUAAUAUAUAUAAAAAUUAAUAGCAUUACUAAAUAUUAAAUACCAGAAUAAAUAAAAAAGUAUUAUAAACUAACGCAAUACAUAUUAAACUUAUAAUGAUUACAGUGCUAAAUUAAAAUAUUAUUUUUAAAAAUUAUGAUAUUAUUUUAUAGUACAUGUAAUUUAAAAGAAUAAAACACCAUUGUAUUAUAAAAAAUCAUGUAAAAUUUUAACAAACAUUCCAAUUACAAAUCAUAAAUCUUUUCCUAAAUGUACUAAAUACUUCUUGGUAAAUUAAGAGUAUAUGAGGCUUGGAUCUCCUACAAUAUCUGCACUUUCAAGAUUACUUUUUGAAAAAAUAAUUAAUAAUAAUUAUAACUAAAAAUCUAAAUAAUUCAUAUUCCUAAAGAAAAAUAUGAAACUUAAUUCUCAUUACAUUAAAUUUUAUAGAAAAUAAUCUUGUGGUUUAAAAUCUAAUUAGUUAUUAAAUGUUAUACUGUUAACCCAUCUCACAGUAGUGAAGUUCCUCCACUAUAUAAGUAGUCUCACUAUCCCAUAAUCAUCAUCAUCAUAACUAUCAAUUCUUUCUUUCUCUUUGGCUCACCAUCUAUAAUAAACCAUAAUUCCUUCGACAAGAAAAUGGCUAUUGAUCCGAGUCUUUCUUUGGGUUCUAGAACUGGAUCAUUUCCAUUUCUGAGUCUCGACCUUUGUCUCAGCAUUGUCCUCUUCAUAUCCCUUUUCGUUUUCUGGUUGACCCCAGGUGGCUUUGCCUGGGCACUUUACAAAGCUCGUGUCCAUACCCGACAACAAUCCAAAGCCCGAGCCGCCAUUCCUGGCCCGGCAGGUCUCCCCAUCAUUGGCCUCCUCUUGGCCUUCGUCAAUAACGCCUCAACACACAGAAUCCUCGCCAGUAUUGCUAACUCCUGCAAUGCAAAAGCUCUCAUGGCAUUCUCUGUCGGUUCGACCCGGUUUGUUAUAACUAGCGAACCGGAGACCGCCAAAGAGCUCUUAAACAGCUCAGCUUUUGCAGACAGGCCUCUGAAUGAGUCUGCUUACGAGCUGCUUUUUCAUAGAUCUAUGGGGUUUGCUCCCUUUGGUGAUUACUGGAGAGAGCUGAGGAGAAUCUCGUCUACUCAUCUCUUUAGCCCUAAGAGGAUCUCCGGUUUUGCCGAAUCCCGUAGAAAAAUUGGGAAUAGUAUGGUAGAAGAUAUCAACAGCGCAAUGGCGAGUUAUGGAGAGGUGGAGAUCCGAAGAAUCUUGCAUUUUGGAUCACUUAACAACGUGAUGUCUACCGUUUUCGGCAGAACAUUUUAUUUCAACGAUGGUACCAAUGAGUUGGAGCACUUUGUGUCCGAAGGCUAUGAGCUUCUCGGAAUCUUUAACUGGGGUGAUCAUUUCCCGGGAGCGAGGUGGUUAGAUUUACAAGGCGUGAGGAGAAGAUGCCGUAGCCUUGUUGGUAAGGUGAAUGUGUUUGUCGGAAAUAUAAUCGAUGACCACAUAUCAAAGAGGUCUCUUCAUGAUAGUCAAGAAGAAGAAAGCACUAAUGAGGAUGACUUUGUUGAUGUUUUACUUGGCAUGCAAGGCAACAGCAAACUUUCCAACUCUGAUAUGAUUGCCGUCCUUUGGGAAAUGAUUUUUAGGGGAACAGACACCGUGGCCAUUCUAUUGGAAUGGAUCCUUGCGAGAAUGAUUCUUCACCCUGACAUUCAAGCCAAGGCGCAGGCCGAGAUCGAUGUUAUCGUGGGUGAAUCGGGACGUCAAGUCUCAGACUCAGACCUCUCCAAGCUUCCAUACCUCCGUGCCAUCGUCAAGGAAACCCUAAGGAUGCACCCACCUGGUCCUCUCCUCGCAUGGGCUCGUCUCACCAUUCACGAUACUCAGAUUGGGACCCACUUUAUUCCCGCUGGGACCACUGCUAUGGUUAACAUGUGGGCUAUAACACAUGAUGAAAAGGUUUGGCCGGAGGCUCACGAGUAUAAGCCAGAUAGGUUUCUUGGUGCGCCCGAAAGUGGUAACUUCCCCAUCAUGGGAUCUGAUUUGAGGCUUGCUCCCUUUGGUGCUGGACGUAGGGUCUGUCCUGGCAAGUCUAUGGGUAUAGCCACAGUGGAGCUAUGGCUGGCUCAGUUGCUAGGUCGCUUCAAGUGGGUCCCUUGUGGUGAAGUAGAUUUGAGCGAGACUUUGAAGCUCUCUUUGGAGAUGAAGAACCCUCUUGUUUGUAAGGCAAUCCCUAGGGUUUAAUUAGGGCUUCGUUGGUUAUCAAACUAUGCUAUUCUUAUCUCUCUCUCUUGGUUUUGUUUGAUUUCCUAUUGCUUUAUACUCAUUUUUGUCAGUAGCUAUAUCUAAAUAAAAGUUCCAAUAUAUGGUAACAUUUUUGUUUCAACUUCUUCUUUAAAUCAAUCUAUACUAUAUAACAUGGUUUAAUAUCCUAAUAUGUUACAUGAUAGUUUCGUAAUAACAUCAGAAAUUUUAUUUGAAAUAAGUAUUUACCAAAACUACCAUAUACACAGGUGUAUGCACAUAAAAUUGUCAUUAUUGACCAGCUAUCAAUGUAGAAUAAACUAAUGUAGCUAACUACACCAAAUAUAUAUCUUAUGUAACAAUAUCAUUCAAUUUCAUAAAGUUACUAGGUGAUAAUCCACGCCCUGCGCAGAGUGAGUGAACUAAAAAAGAUUAUAACUUUUAAUCUAUAGGUAUUAAAAAAGUAAAAGUCAUCGACACAAGUAUUACAUGUUAUAUAAUGAAUGACUAAACGAAAUUGUGUUAUUGGUUCUCUGUAAUUGAAGUAUAACUUGUGGAAGUGAAUCUAUAAGAGUAAGUAAAGACUUAUAUAAAAUUAGUUAUGAAUUAAAGAUAAAAUGAAACACAAGCAAAAUAAUUAUUGUUUUUAUCAUAUAAAUUAUAAAUAUAAGAUAAAACGAAACAUAUGCAAUAUAAUAAUAAAAUAUGAAAAGAACAAAUUGUAUAGAAACAAAAUAAAAAAAAUACUAAAAAAAUCACAACUUGCAAAAAUGGUUUUGGUAAUGAUGAUUUGAGAAGAAGAUUGUGGUGAGGAGAUGUGUUCAAGACUACCUAUUUCUAUAUGUAAUGAUACGGGUUUAUGAUUAAUCUGAUGAAAUCAAAUAGGCCUAAUCAUAGAAAAUAUUUACGAAGUAAUAUCACAAAAAUUUCGCUCCAAUUUAUAUUAAAAACUUGUCUUAACACACAAUAUAAAUAUAUUAAAACAUCUACUUUCCUUUGCAGAUUGAGAUAUUUUUAAAAAUAUUUGUUAGAUAAAUAUGUUUUUAAAUUUUUUUCUAUAAUGGGAAAAGAUAUAUAAAAUAUAUUUUAACUAUUUGAUCAAAUUACAAUUUUAAAUUAUUUAAUUCUUAUCAGUUUAAAUAUGAUAUAUGUUUCAAAUGAAACUUCCUCCUCAUAUAUAUUUAUAAUCAUUUGUAUUUUGCUAUACGAAAAAAUAAAUUAUUGAUUACAAAAUUUCAAUAUGAGAUUUUUAAAAGUUUUAAUAAUUUAUAGUCAUUUAAAAAAUUAAAUAUAACAUAUACAAAAUUCUAAAAUUUGCUGAUAUGAUUAAUGUGAUUGUUUAAUUUAUUUAAUAAUAUAAGAUUAAACAAAAAAAUGAUAAACUAGUUGUUAUCAAAUAUUUAUUAUUAAAAAUCACUAAUUGUCAUAUAUUUUUAUUUAUAUUAGAUAAUUCUGUAGUUUAUAUUUAUGAAAAUAAAUAAUAUUAAGUAAUUUUUAGCAUGGAUUCCGAAGCAUGUUAUGUCAAAUAUAUAACUAAAGCAUGGCUAGAAUAGAAAGAUUAAAAUGCGGUACGAUAUCAUACAAUAUUGUGUUACAAAUAUUGAAGGAGCUAAAUAUUAGUAAUUUCAUUGCUAUAUAUAUAAGCUUCCAUUAAAUUUUAUUGAACUUAAUUGUAGACACUACCAAUAUAUAAAGUGCCAUUAAAUUUUAUUGAACUUAAUUGUAGACACUACCAAUAAUACGCAUGCGUAUAAGAAAAACUGGAAAUCUUGUAACAUUACAUCAAUUA